AUGCCGCCCCUAGAACAGCCAAGCUGCAAGGUGCUGUAUGACUUCCAGCCUGAGAACGAUGGGGAGCUGGGCUUCCAUGAGGGCGAUGUCUUCACGCUGAUCAACCAGAUCAACGAGAAGUGGUACCAGGGCAUGCUGGACGGCCAGUUGGGCUUCUUCCUGCUCAGCUACUUGGACGUGCUUGUGCCUCUGCCCAGUGACUCACUGGUGCCCCCGCCCCUCCCCUCCAUCCACAUUGGGUGGCACCCCCUUCCAAGUCUCCUGCUUUCCAUGGGCUCCUGCUGCCAAGGCAGUGUCCAAGCCUGCCGGUGCCGCCCGGGCCCUUGA